GGCGGGGGUCUCCGGUGCCCGCGCUGUGCUGCCGCGUGGAGCCGAGCUGCGUGUUCCCCGAUCCCGAUCCCCGCUCCCUGAUCCCGAUCCCCGUGCCCGAGCCGUGCCCCCGCCGCGGGCCGGCGGCGCGGGGAUGGGCGCGGGGCUGUGAGCGGGGCGUGAGCCGUGGCCAUGGGGAACAUCUCGUCCAACAUCUCCGCCUUCCAGUCCCUGCACAUCGUCAUGCUGGGCCUGGACUCGGCGGGGAAGACCACGGUGCUCUACCGGCUGAAGUUCAACGAGUUCGUCAACACCGUGCCCACCAUCGGCUUCAACACCGAGAAGAUCCGGCUGAGCAACGGGACGGCCAAGGGCAUCAGCUGCCACUUCUGGGACGUGGGCGGGCAGGAGAAGCUGCGCCCGCUCUGGAAGUCCUACAGCCGCUGCACCGAUGGCAUCAUCUACGUGGUGGACUCGGUGGACGUGGACCGGUUGGAGGAAGCCAAAACGGAGCUGCACAAGGUGACCAAGUUCGCGGAGAACCAGGGCACCCCGCUGCUCGUCAUCGCCAACAAGCAGGACCUGCCCAAGUCGCUGCCGGUGGCCGAGAUCGAGAAGCAGCUCGCCCUCCACGAGCUGACCCCUUCCACCACGUACCACAUCCAGCCCGCCUGCGCCAUCAUCGGCGAGGGGCUCACGGAGGGCAUGGACAAGCUCUACGAGAUGAUCCUCAAGCGCAGGAAGUCCCUCAAGCAGAAGAAGAAGCGGUAGAAGCCCCGCCGAGGCGGGGAGGGAUGGAGGAGCAGACAAAGGAACCGAGGGGGAGACAGAACCAAAGCGAUUCUUCUGGGUUUAAUUGUUAUUUCCCCCCCCCCCUUUAUUUUUUUUUCCUCCUUCCCCAACGAACAGACAAUAGUGGUGGUAACAAAGCGGCUCCCGCCAGCCGAGCCCAGAUCCCGGAGCUCCGCUCUCCCACCCGCUCCUGAGGGUCUGAUCCGGACUCCUUUGGGCUGGAAACAUGCAAAAACGGGGUGAUCCCCCCGCUCCACCCUCCAGGACCACCGAGCCUUUGUGUGCCGGGGGGCCAACAGGGCAGGACCCUGUUGAAGCGCGUUCGAGAGGAGCCCGGUGCGCUUUUGGUCUCCAAUGUGUGCAUUUUGGGGCGGGGGGUGUCGAUGCCAGCCCCCCACAUGCAUUUCGGGGGCAGGGGAUGCUUUGGGGGAGGGGGGGUGUAUGGGUGCACCCUGGGCUCGGCAAGGUCAGCGGGGAGGGGUCUCGCAGCUGCGCCCCGAUGCCCGCCCGUAUCCCCGCAUCCUCGUAUCCCUGCAUCCCCGCAUCCCUCCCCCGCGGUCGGCGGUGGGAAGGGGUGUUGGAAAGUUGAGGGGGGGUUGGACCAGCAGAAAAUGUCAGGGGGGGAGGGGGUGACGGGUAAGAGGACACCCACCCGCCCUGGCUGGUGUUCUAGGGUGCAGAGCAAGGACAGGCAGCCUUUGGGGUGGGGGGAGGAAGGAUGCGGCGCGGGGGGGGCUGAGCAGCUGCUGAGUGGUGCUGAGCUUUAAGCUCUUCGCUUAUAAAAAGGAGGGGGGGAAGCCAAAAAAAAAAGCGCCGUUUUUUUUUUUUUUUUUUUGAAGGCUGCUGGAAGCGCUGGGAGGGUCGUCCUGGACCACUCCCCUCAAAGGCUGGGUUGUGUCACCUUCUGCAGCAAAGCCCCCGGCCCGGCUGUGUGCUGUCCCCAGGCAGAGGGUGCUCCCGGGUGCAGGGUUGGAGGUGAUCCAAGCCAGGGGUUAGUUACUGAAUCUACAAAAAAAAAAAAAAGAAAAAAGCUGAGUUUGUGGUUCUGGUCACUGUGCUGCUCUGCAGUGGGGGCAGGAGGCCAAGUCAGGUUUUAAGGAGGGGGUCAUGGCAGGGCAGAAUGGACGGACAGAGGUGGCCAGAGCUUGUAAAAAUCUCUGCUGGAAAGGGAAAAUGACAGGGCGUGAGGAGACAUGGGGGGUGCAGCUUUGGGGAGGGGGUAGGUUUUUAACAAAGAUUUAAAUCUGGUUAAAAGCCCCUUGUUGCCCAUGGUAGUCAUGUGGGCAAGCUCUGCCUGCAGAGCCACCCGGGCAGCGUCAGACCUUGCCACCUCCUUCUGCAGGUGAACAUUUUGGCACCUGGAUGGGACUGGGGACCAAAAUCCACUUGCUGUCUGUUUUUUAGCUCUCUGCAGGAGAAAACCAGGGUCCUGGCUUCCCACAGAGCAGAAGCAGGCAGCCCUCAGGGGCCAAAUACUCUGAAUUUUGAGCCAGGCAGGAUUUUCUGGUGAUUUUACACCAGCCUUCCCGUUUGCAAACCCCUUCACUGAGCACCGAGGGGAAACCACCGAGCAGACAAAAGAAAAAUGCCCUCCGGCUUCCGGGGAGUUGAUUCUCCCCUUGCAGGACGAGCUCAGCACCUUCCAAAUAGCUCUUUUUGUUUGUUUGUUUUUGGUUUUGUGAGGAAACAAAUGUUGCAGCCGAGUUGUGUUUCUUCUCUCGUUGCGGGGUUUUGAGUUCCCGACGCGAGUCCCGACUUGUGCACCGAGCGAGUGGGCUGGUCCCAUCACUGCAGGUGGCUCUGUUCCCACUUCCUUGGCUUCCCCUGCUUUGUCUUCACCUCCAACACUUUGGUACUUGCCGUCGAGAGAGAGAGAGAGAGAAAAAAAGGAAUUAUUUAUUUUUGAUGCCACAGAAGCCACGUGUAUUACCCCUUUUUUUGGAGAGCGACCCAUUUUAGAGGUGAAAUGGAAAGCUGUGUUGACCCCCCCCCCCCCUGCUCCAGAGGGAGCAGGUUUUAGGAAUGACACGUUGUGGGUUUUCCCUCCUCGCUGUUUGGUUUAGCAAACACUGGCAUGGAAAGCCUGAUGGUAUUUACGGAGCUCCCAUAUCCUGGGAGUUUGUUCUACCCAGCUGAGCAUCCCCUUGGAGAAAUGGCAGAGCACUGGGAGGUGCAGGUGGGACGCUGUGCUGGUGCUGUUCCCACCAACUCUGCUUUCUGCAAUAAUUAAAGAGACUUUUCCAAUGAGUA